AUGGGAAAUCUGGCUGUAGUUUCCACUGUGAUGGAUGGAGCCAGACUCUUCAAAUAUGACUUGCAGUUCUCUUCUGCAAUGUCUGUGGAGUAUGUAUGUUUAGAGGUAAUGUUUUAUUUCGCUACUUCUCUAACAGCAAAAAUUCAAGGCAUGAAAAAUGCUGUUCCCAAGAAUGAUAAAAAGAGACGAAAACAGCUGGCUGAUGAAGUUGCCAAACUAGAGGCAGAACUUGAAGAGAAGCACAAGGAGGAAUUAAAGGAGAUGAAGGAAGCUUCACCUGAGCAAAAUAAGACAGAUUCUAUAGCCGAUGGGGUUGCAAAUUUAGACCUUGAAGGAGCAGAGCAACAGAUUCAGCAUCCUCGAAUAUCAAAAGCACAGAAGAGGCGGGAAAAAAAAGCUGCCUUGGAGAAGGAAAGAGAAGAAAGGAUAGCUGAAGCUGAGAUAGAAAAUCUAACGGGUGCUAGACAUCUUGAAAGUCAGAAACUUGCCUCCCUCUUGGCAGCAAGGCACUUAGAGAUUAAACAGAUCCCUUCAGAUGGACAUUGCAUGUACAGAGCAAUUGAAGAUCAGCUCAAGGAUCGACAAAAUUCCUGGACUGUCGCAACUCUGAGGAACCAAACAGCAAAGUACAUGCAAAGUCACUUUGAUGACUUCCUGCCAUUUCUUACAAACCCUAGUACUGGAGACAUGUAUAGCAGAGAGGAAUUUGAAAAAUACUGUGAUGAUAUAGCAAAUACAGCUGCAUGGGGUGGUCAGCUAGAACUAAGGGCUUUGUCGCACAUUUUGCAAACACCUAUUGAAGUAGUGCAAAUGGAUUCCCCUCCUAUUAUUGUCGGUGAAGAAUAUUCAGACAAACCAAUAAUACUUGUGUAUAUGAGACAUGCCUAUGGAUUAGGAGAACAUUACAAUUCUGUAAAACUUCUAACAGACACUGCUACAGAAAACAGCAGCUAGCACACAAGUGUCAUAAAUCCACAUGGGUAACAGUUGCAUUGUGACAUGUUGGACUCUAGACAAUUCCCAGAAAGAUUGGAAAAUAAGACUAAAUGGAAUGGAUUAAAAAUAAAACAAAACAAAACAGACAUAUAAGGUUUGAGCAAAAAUCAGAAAUAGUUCUUGAUUUAAAACAACCAAACCAAAACCACACAACAGUAUUUUGAACGGGAUACGAAUCAUGUUUAGAAGAUCUCUAAAAUGGUGGUUGUGUAGAUCAGAUUUUUUUUUUAUUUUUAAAUAGAGCUUCAUCCCAUGCUGCAGUGAAAAUACUGAGUCGUAAAUAUUUUGUUAAUCUGCAUCUCUGCUGAAGAAUUAAGGUUACCUGAAGGUUCCUGUUACAUUAUUUCUGGCAUAUGCUGAUGAUCAUGGAAGAGUUAAGGCAUUUAAAAGAGUUGAUUUUAUCCUGAUUGAUGGAAUAUGCUCCAGAGUGUUUCUUUAGUUCUGUCAGGAUCUAGCUUUAAUGCUGUAGUAGGGAUCUCCUUUAUUUGGGCAGAGAAGAGCUGGAGGCAAAUCCAGUAGUAGAAUAUCCUGCUUGACUGAAGGAAUUGCAGUCUUCUUAUUUUAAAGACUUUCAUCUAAGAUUUUACCAAGGUUUGAGGACUUCAGUACUUUUUUUUUUUUUUUUUCAGUUGACAGUAGGAACUGAACACUUGAUGCUAUUCCUAGUACUGAAUCUGUAAGAAGAGUACUGUUAUGACUAUACAUCAUAACAUUGAUGCAAGUUAACUGUGCUGUUCAUCUUUCUUAGUUUCUCAUCUGUGUAUUUCAAUGAUACAAUAAUCUUACAAACAAAGCUCCUUAUUGUCCUCACUUGGUGUAGUGAAACUCAUCUGGACUCAUAGUUUCUGGAUCUGUUGAUUUAAGAACUUCGUGAUCUGAAGUGUGAUGUUUUAUAAUGCUUAAACCAGCUGGUUGCAUACAGAUAUGAAAAUAACCACCUUGGGUUUUGUCAAUAACUUCAGAGGUGAUGUGCAGAAGAGUUAAGUUUUUCUUUUAAUUGCUCCUUAUGAUGCACGGAGACUUGAAAGGUGGGUUUUUCAAAAUGGCUUGACUUUUUACAUUAGAAAUGUAGAAUUUUUUUGUCUUUAAAUCACUGUGAAUGUGACUCUAAAAUUAGCAGCAUACUGAAACCAAAGUUAUAAUGCAAUUGUUUUGUAACAGUAGAAGUGAUUGUUUUAUUGUCUUUUAAAGCCUCAGUCAAUAACAUGAUAAUUGUAUUUUAAUGCUGAGGAGUUGGCUUGGAGAAAAUUUAAACACCUUUGCCCUAAUUUGAGGUUUAUGAAGCCUGCAUAUUUUAGUCCUUCAGUAAAGCUAGUCAGCAGAUUGAUGUUCCUGGGAAUUACAAAUGAGAGAGACUUACUUAAAAAGGAGCUAAGUGUUCACUUCAUGGAUCAGAUUAUGUCUGAUUUAAACCACUUGGAGAGGGGAGGGGGGUGGAAAUCAGUCAAUCAUAGCAGGGGGCUUUGGACAAGCAGAACUUAAAUUAUGACUUCUUUAGACUGGUGCAUGCCAGGAAAACAAAGUAUUAAUCAGACCGGGAGUUUUUACAUUCUUAUUUAUCUGAUACAGUAUAGUGAAUAGAGCUGUACUUACAGCAACUGGUUUACUGUAGAAUUUGGUUUACUACCUUGAUUGUAUAAAACGAUGUUUUUAAUUUCAAACCAAAAGUCAGAUACAAUGGUAUGGGAAAAGUGUCUAAUUCAUAAUACCACUGAAUUUCACUAAAAAUAAUUAGCAGAAAUACAUCCGUAUUGCUUAGAGUUGGUGUGAUAUGAAAUGCACAUGAUGCUUUUUGUAGAUGCCCUGUGAAAAAAACUCUUUGGUUUACAGGGUUUUCAUUCUUGUUUGAUUAACUGACAGAAAAGAUGCCAGAAUGGUGGAAUGUCUGUACCAACAGUUUGUCCUGUUGAAGAUGUUUACAAUUUGUAUAAAGUGAAAUAAUGUUUUAGUAUCGUGAGUGAAAGAUCAUUGCUCAUGCUGUAUGGAACUUGCCAAAAAUAAAUUGGUUUAUUUGUGGCA